AUGCAUACGGAACGUGGGUGGCUGGCUUCACAUUUCCACAGACUGAAAACCAGCGGUCGGACCUCUCACGCUCUGGACCGAAAUACGCCACAUUUACUGCGAUCAGGGGACGACUGAGGACCACAGCAGAGUUGUAGAGGUAGGAUGUAUCCGAGAAGAGACUGUUGGCGGUGAUUGGAACUCGUGAGCCGCGGGAGAACCGGAAUCGGGAGAGACUCGGGCGAGCGGCGGCCCAACAUGGCGGCUGCGUUGUUGUCCUUGCUCCGCUGGGCCUUUGUUGUACUCGCGGCCCUUCUGUCGGCCGGAGCCGAUGCCCAGAACACCCAGUGUCCCUCCGAGUGCUCCUGUCAGGGAUUCCUGGUGGACUGCAGCAAUCGGAGGCUUCGCCACAUCCCGACGCGGCUGCCCAGCUGGGUCCAGAUUCUGGAGCUACAGUCAAAUCAGAUAUCCACAAUCCCUGAGGACGCUUUCAGUGGACUAGACAACCUUCAACAAUUAGAUCUGAGCAAUAACCAGUUGAGAAUACUAAAUGCCAGUGUGUUCCGAGAUCUCAAGGGACUGCGGGAAUUGAAAAUUGACCACAAUCAUCUGACGGAAUUCGUGAAUGUUGGCGCCUUUGCUCCAAACCUCACCGUUCUUAGCCUAGAUCUGAGCAAUAACCAGUUGAGAAUACUAAAUGCCAGUGUGUUCCGAGAUCUCAAGGGACUGCGGGAAGUGAAAAUUGACCACAAUCAUCUGACGGAAUUCGUGAAUGUUGGCGCCUUUGCUCCAAACCUCACCGUUCUUAGCCUAGAACACAAUCAGAUAUCUUCUCUUCCUCCCGGGGUUCUGAGCAACUUCACGUCAUUACGGCAGCUUUACCUCAGCCACAACAAGAUCUCGGCCAUCCUUCAAGGCACCUUCCCCACCGGACUCCCCCUUUAUACGCUGGAUCUGAAUAAUAACAAGAUAUCUGGUCUGACAAAAGGCUGCUUCGACAACCUGACUCACUUAGAAACCCUCCGACUCAACAAGAACAGGAUCUCUCGAAUCCCGCCGAAAAUGUUCAAACUCCCGUCACUGAAGUCCCUCGAGCUGAACAGAAAUCGUAUCAAGAAGAUCGAGGGUCUGAGCUUCCACGGGCUGGAGUCGCUUCAGGUGCUGCGUCUGAGGAGGAACCACAUCUCUACACUCAUGGACGGGUCCUUCUGGGGACUCAGCAACAUUCAACAGCUCCAAAUGGAUGGCAACAACCUGACCUCCAUCACCAAGGGAUGGCUCUACGGCCUCUCCAAGCUACAGCAACUGACUCUGAGCCGGAAUGCCAUCAAAGUCAUUGAAUCAGAGGGUUGGGAUUUCUGCAAGGAGCUGUGGCAUCUGGACCUGUCCCACAACCAGUUGAUAGCGAUCGAAAACGGCGCCUUCUCGCGUCUCUCCAAGCUGCAACUCCUCGACCUCAGCAACAACAAGAUUUGUGACAUUGCUGAGGGGGCCUUCCAGGGGCUGUCCUCUCUGCAGACUUUAGAACUGAAGUCCAAUGAAAUCUCCUGGGCAAUCGAAGACAUGAAUGGGGCCUUUUCUGGACUACGUGCUCUUAACAAGCUCAACCUGGACAGGAAUCACAUCAAGUCCAUCGCGAAGCGUGCCUUCAGCGGGCUGGACGGUCUGCGCAAGCUGGACCUGACCGACAACGACAUCUCCUCCAUCCAGCCGGACGCCUUCGCUGGCCUGAAGCUGCUGGAGGAGCUGCGCAUGAACUCCAGUAACCUCAUCUGCGACUGCCAGCUGAAGUGGCUGCCCCGCUUCCUCAAGGAGAGCGGCUUCGGGAACACCGUGGACGCAAAGUGCUCCCACCCGGAGGAGCUCAGGGGCGUCAACAUACUGCAAGUGAAGGACUUUACCUGUGAUGACCAGCCCAAGCCCACCAUCACCACCCACCCAAAGACAACCACAGCUCUGCGGGGAGACAACGUCACCUUGCUCUGCGCCGUCACCAGUAUCGCAGCUUCUCCCAUGCACUUCGCAUGGAAGCACGACAACAAGGUCAUUGAGAACGCAGACAUUGAGAACUAUGCGACGAUGGCCGACGGUAACAUCGUGAUGGAGUACACGUCCAUCCUGAAGCUGUGGAACGUGGACGACUCGACGGAGGGCAGAUACCAGUGUGUCAUCUCCAACCACUUUGGCCCCCUGUACUCCAACAAGGCCAAGCUGACUGUGCAUGUGUUCCCCAAGUUCACCAACCCACCUCAGGACUUCACCGCUCGAGCCGACGGCACAGCGAAGCUCCAGUGUGCCGCGAUCGGCCAGCCUGCGCCGCAGAUCGCAUGGCAGAAGGAUGGGGGAACGGAUUUCCCGGCGGCGAGGGAACGGCGGAUGCACAUGAUGCCGGAAGACGACUUCUUCUUCAUCGUGAAGGUGAAGACUUCCGACAUGGGCGUCUACACGUGUACUGCCACCAACGAUGCAGGGACCAUCACAGCCAAUGCAACCCUCACCGUACUAGAAACUCCCACCUUUGUGAGACCGUUGGAAGACACUGAGACCAUGGAAGGGGAGACCACCGUGCUGGAGUGCCUGGCCGCGGGAAGCCCCCAGCCCUCCGUCAGCUGGAAGAAAGACGGCGACGAGGUACCGAAGACCAACCGCCACUUCCUCACAGCCAGCAACCAGCUCCUGAUCAUCAUGCACACAGAGCCGGGAGACGCGGGGAGGUACGAGUGUGAGAUGUCCAACACUGUCGGCACCAAGAGGGAGUCCGCAAGCUUAACUGUUGUACCAGGUGUUAACCCGACCCAAGUCCUGGCAAGCGAGGGGGUGGCCCAGGAGAGCACCACAACAGGCAUCAUCAUCAUCUCCGUGGUCUGCUGCGUGGUGGGGACGUCCCUCGUCUGGGUCAUCAUCAUCUACCGCACGCGGGGCAACAAGGAGGAGUACAGCCAGACCAACACCGACGAGACCAACCUCCCGCCCGACAUGCCCGGAUCCAACUUCAGACUCUCCCAGGAGGGCGUGGAUGGGGGUGGCCAGGACCCCGCAGCACAGCACGGACACCAGCCUCCCCAUCCAGGCCCCCGCCUGCAACACCCCAGCGCUACAAACAGUUUAGGGCGGAGAGCAGACAGCGGUAGUGACGCCGUGUCAGUAGAGGUCCCCUGUAGCAGAUAUCCCUCCAGGCUGCGCUCGGCGGCCAUUUUCCCCAGUGAUGCGCCGGAAACACAGUUGUCACCUUUAACACAACAUGAGCAAGCUCUCGCAGAGCACUCAGGUAACAGUAUUACUUCUAUCCCCCUGCCCGAAGAGGUGGCGAACAGCCAAGGGGACGUCAACCAGAACACGACGACACACAGUCCGCUGCGGACGUUCCGACCGAUCCACUCGCCGAGCGGGGAGGAGAACGAGGCACAGCUGCAGGAGAAGGGCGGCGUGGAGCGCUACCACCACCCCUCAGGGUCAUCAGGGUCCUCGUCUUCGCCUGAGGAGAGGAGACGACACCACCACCACCGGUCACGAGACCGCCUGGUACCGGACCUGUACCACCGCGCUGAGCCGCCCGGCAGCGAUGACAUGGACGUGGAGAGCGAGGCACAAACAUAUAGCUCGUCGUUGUCAAGUAAUAGUUCCCAAGGCUUGCCAAGGUUUCCUAAAGACGUCCAGUCAGAAUUCAACCCCCCUCCCUCCCCCCUCACGAGAUCGAGGUCGUCGCCGAUAGCUGCAGUGGUGCCCCCCCACCAGUCUCCUGUAUAUAGAUACCCCUACCAGCAACACAGCAGCGGCGCGUCACAAUACAACAACCCAACAGAAGCCUUCCCAAGCAGUAAAAGUCUAAUUCUCACAAUGAAUAACCACAGAAUAGGCCGAGAUGUGACGUUGUAAAGUGUACAUAACUUAUUGUAAUGUAAUAAUGAUUUCCCUGUAAACUUCCCCCCCUGCUUGUAACUUGUAUGAAAAUUUCCUUUUAUGUUGUUUGUAAUGUAAUAUAUGUAUAUUGAUACGUGCUAAUCUAUUUUAUGAAAAGACGGGUAACUUGCUCCCAAGGUGGCAUUAUCCGUUGUUGCAAAACUGGGAUGUGUUGUCAUUUUUUGUGGAAUAUAUUUUAGUGAUGUCAGAGAGAAAAGAAAAGCUUUUACUCUGUGGAUAAGCUUUUUGCCUCCCUAGGAGGUACUCCACUGUGUAUAUGUGACGUCAAAGAGAUUUUUAUUUCCUGUUUUUAGCCCUGGCUAGUAUUUUAUUUUGUACAUGUAGAAGAGGCUGGCUUCUGCCAUUGCCGAGAGCUUGCAAAACAAUGCUGGAUGUAGUGAUACACUAGAAGCUUUAGCAGACUAUUUGUGUUCUGGUUGCCUUAUUUUCUUUUCUACAAAUGUUGCGGAAACAGUGCUUUAUGGAGUCUUGGCAGAGCAAAACAAAAAAAAUUGAAAGAGAGCAACAAUGGAAGGUCCGAAGCAGCAAAUCCCACAAAUGUGUUACAAAUUUGUUUCACGAGGGACGCAACAAUGGUGCCUUCGUGCCUUUAAAGGCUUUAACACUGAUUUUUACAAUGCAGUAAUUGUACUUUGUUUUAUCCUGUUUAAAGAGAUGAUUUCUUGAAAUAGUGUGCCAGAAGUGAGAGAGGAAUUCUAAACAAUGACGAAUCAAUGUCGGAAUUUUGCAGGGUCAGAGAGUACGCGGCGACAAAUUCAAUUUGUCUGCUGCAAGGAGAAAGAAAAAUCCAAGCUGAGAGGAAAAACAUGUUUUCAGCGUAAAAACUAAAUUUUUUGGUACCAACUAGUUAAGGGACAUCAUGUAGUAAUAAUUCGAAGUACUCAGUAUUUAGCAAUGUAAGUGAAAUUCUCUAAAACGGUAGUUGAAUGAUGAUGUAGUUGAAAUCUCACCAAGUGAUGCUUGUAUGUUACUGUUGGUAGAUGCAGUGGUCUUUCAGAUCACACUCUGUUCUGUACCGAUCUCUGCCUCCCCAGCUUGGGUUUAAAGGAAAGCUGCGGCCUCUUAUUUACAUAGAAUGAUGAUGAUGAUGAUGAAUUGAUGAUGCAUGCUGGGUGUAACACUUGAUGUAUAUGAUGUAGUAACAAGGUGUGUGCUUGUUAACCAACCGUACCACACGCUAAAACAACCUGUUAGACUAAUGUUUAAUGAUGAAAUCACGGUGAUGUUGAGACAGUUUCGCCCUUAUUUCCGAAUAUGGACAAGACGUUACCCUAUUUCCCGACAUCCUCUGUUCCCAACUACCUCAGCUGUUUAAGGCAGAGGACUGUGGGACUUGGGUAACCCACCUGGCAGUGUGGUAUGGUUGUGUAACAUUGUUGGAUGGAAAUUUUGUGAAAAGUGCUCCAAGAUGGCCGUUCUCCCACUGCACUGUCCCAAUAGCAAAGCCCUUCUCUGUGUAGCAAAAACAAAUACAUCGCAAAUGCCUUGUAGCAAGCAAAAUGCAACAUUACCGAGCAAAGGAAACCAUAGCAAAUUGUGGCAACGAAAACUGUUACGUUGUCACAACACCAGGGCCAUCCGGGAGUGCUUAGCGGGACGGCAGCCCAUUUCACACUCACAGUAUUUGUGAUAGUCGUGCGCAUCAUACAUGUAGUCAUGUCCCUUUGCUUCCCCAUCCAUUUUUCCCCAGCUCGGUACUUGCAAAGCCAGUGCCUCUUGCCACGCGCACGCACGCACGCGCGUGUGUGGCAGACACAGGGCCGAGCAGGUACGGUGUCACCAUGCAGUGGGUCGAGUUACGACCCGGGUGGGACUUGCAGGGCACGGCAAUACCUCGUGCCGUACUGGUGCUAGUACGCUUGUGUAGAAUGCCGAUAACAGGGUUGAUAGAGAUUAUUAAUAUUAAUAUUAUUAAAAAAGAGAAGUAUGUGAAGAAAGGAUUACGUACGGUAUGCCCUGCCCUGAGAGUCCCACCCUAGGAAUGUGAGAGUUAUUUUUAUAGGCAGGCCUAUCCACCCAUGUUGUGUACAUACAUGUAUCCAUUGUCACUGUUCAUUAACAAGACAAGCAAACCCUAAUGUCAUAUUUAUUGUAUACAUCUUUAACAUGUGUGAUGUCUACAAAUGGACAUUCAAAAUUUAUUUGUAUAGCAUCUCAAGAAGUAUUAAAAAAUGGUCCUCAUGUUGAAA